AUGCUGGAAAGGUAUUGGGACAGCUGGAGGGAUUUCCUGCAGACAAGAACAGGGCUGAAGGUACAGCUUAAUGGUGAAGCGCCAACUGCUCUCCUGUCAGCGAUGGUCAAGAGCAGAAAAGCUAAGACGGGGAUCAAGGAAUUGGUGCGGAAUGGCGUUAGCCAUACGGAAGCCAAAGAGAUACUGGCAGCGGCCACGAGCCAUUUCGUGGAGGUGUUCGGUGAGCAGUCAGUAAGCGACGGGACAGAGCCGGUGUUGGAUUGGACUCCGCGCAGGGUAUUGGAGGAGGCAUCUGCUGCGGCUAUAUCAAGGGACUGGACGGAGGCAGAGGUUAAACAAGCCAUACAGGAGAUGGCCAACGGCAAGUCGCCAGGCUGUGAUGGGAUCCCGAAAGAGCUGUUCCAGCACCAGUGGGAGUUGCUAAGGAAGCCGGUGAUGGCCAUGAUAGAGGAGUUCGUGUCAUCAGGGAACCUACCGGCGGUGGCGAACGAAGCGGUCACGAUUCUGCUUUACAAGAAGGGGGAGGAGACAGAUGUCAGGAAUUACAGACCAAUCACGCUGCUGACUAGCGUCUACAAGAUUCUAGCUAAGGUGGUGGCGUCCAGGAUGAAAGCGGUGCUCGACCAAGUGAUUUCGAAGGAGCAGUUUGGGUUUUUACCUGGCAGGAGACUUACAGACGCAGUGUCGCUUGUGGCUGACUUGAUUGAGACGGCCAAGAAUGAAGACAGCGACUGGUAUUUGCUCCUCAUAGAUUUCGAGAAAGCGUACGAUUCAGUAAGGAGGGGCUUCAUGCUGGAGACGAUUGCCAAGCUCGGUUUCCCCCCGCGUUUUGUGGGUUGGAUUGAGGCCCUGCACAGGGAUGUUCACAUGAGGCUGUGCAUUAACGGAUGGACUGGGGAGAAGAUUCAGAUGCGGAAGGGAGUGCGGCAAGGGUGUCCGCUUGCACCUUACUUGUUUUUGUGCGCGGUGGAGCCGCUCAGCCGUUUGGUUGAAAAGAGAGAGUUGGGGAUUGUAGAGAAGGGCUGUGAAAGGCUCGCGUACGUGGGCUACGCAGACGACACCACGCUGCUGCUGGAAGGAGAGGCACAGUUAGCGGCGGCGGGCGCGGUGCUCCAAGACUUUGCGGCAGUGUCGGGGUUGAAGGUGAACACCGGGAAGUCUGCCGUGCUGCUGCUGGGGAAGAACGUGGAGAAGUCGGUGCCGGCUGGUUUGGGCUACAAGUGGGUGGAGAAAGAGACUGCGGAAAGAUUACUGGGGGUGUGGAUAACACCCGGGGGAAAUGCAGAGAUUACGUGGGAAAAAGCUUUCGACAGGGCAGCAGGGGAGCUGAGUAAAUGGCAAGUAAAGUAUUUAACGACGGGUGCGAGGGUGACCAUCAUCAACAGCUAUAUCAUCCCGAUCUUCCUCUUCCAGGCGCAGGUGUACCCUCCGGAUGAACUGCUGUGGAGAAGGGUGGAGAAGCUGGUUGAGAAUUUCGUGUCAGCAAACCAUGCGGAUACGGAGAAACACUUCAGACUAUGGAGUGGCGGACUGAUUUAUGCGCUGAGAGAGCUGGGGGGACUGGGGGUGAUCGAUCCACGUGGGAGAAUAGACAGCGUGGCCUUACGGUGCGCAGGGUUGACGCUGUUGCAAGAGUGCUCCCUACGACGUGGGCUGGCGGAAAGAGCGGCGGGAUUGCCUCUGGGGUGGGCGACGCUCUACGCGCACAAAGCAGUGUUAAAAGGGGGUUUGAUUCGUAGUAGGAGGUGGGCGAGAAUUUGUAAAGCGGUGCUUAAAUCGGUGGCGGUGGAGGUGAAGGAGGUGGCGUCGAGAUGGGAAGCGGCGGAGGAGUUCCUCUGUUUCAACAGGCGGAUCAUCCACCGGGGAAACGCUCCUUUUGGCGGACAGAAAGGCACUGAGAAGCUGAGAAAGUGGAAGAUGCGGGAUGUGGUUCUGCGGAAGUGGGAUGGCACGCUGGUGUUAAAGUCAAAAGAAGCGCUGGAGAGAGAGCUGGGGGGGGGAAAAGAAGCAGAGAUGGCGCUGAAGGCCUUCGCGGCAGCCCCGGAGCAAAAGUGGCUGUUGUCGCCGCUGACGGCGGACGAGGUAGCAGCUGCGUCGUCAGUGGUGUGCACUACAUUACCGGGGGGCCAGAGGUGUCUGUGGGAGGUCUGUGCCUGUAUGGGAAGGAAGGUCGAGCUAUGCGGCCUUGACAGUAACGGGGAGCGAGCGGCGUGGAAGGUGAAGAUUGUGCUGGGAUGUGACAGUGUGGUGCCUGUGGUGUUCUCCAAGUCACGAGCUGUAAGGGAGGUUAGAGAUGCCAGGGCGCGUCUGCUGGUUUCGUCUCUGUUCGAGGGGGACGAGGUGGCCCUGCUGAAAAGGCUCAGGGGGCAGGGCAAGGCGCUCGGCAUGAUGCAGCCGACGAGACACGUGGACCGGUUGGCAGACCUGUUGUUCGGGAAAGAGGAGACAAAGUCCGGUUUUUCGAAAGCAACGAUGGUGGCGGUGGCAUUUCACCAGAUCUGGCUAGGGAGGUGUGAUGUGUCACUGCAAAAAACAAGGAGGUUUCUGGUUCGGAAGGUGCUUCGGAGGAUAAAUGUGGAGUUCAACAAACACAUCAGGAUCUACUGUAGCAGGCCUAGCAAACAGGCACGGAGGGAUAAGGCGAGGUGGAAUCUGGCGGAAGACGAAGCACGUGUUAUGAAGCGGAUAUGUGACAACGGGGCAAUUGGGCUGAGGUGGCAGGAUGGUUUCCAGUCCGUAUGGACGAAUCCGAGGACCUUCACGAAACCGCCGUAA